CCCCAGGGUGCGAGUGAGUGUGCACUUCUCCCCCCGCGCCCAGGGUGCGAGUGAGGGUCCAGAUUCUACCCCCCCAGGGUGCAAGUGAGUGUGCACUUCUCCCCCCGCGCCCAGGGUGUGAGUGAGGGUCCAGUCCGCACCCCCCGCCCCCCUCGCCCCCCCCCGGUCUUCCUCCUGGGCCCUUCCCCUUGGGCCCGCUCUGCUGCCCCGGCCUCCCGCCCUAAGCUGACGCCGCCUGUCUAGGCGUUUCGGUGGUCGUAUCUCUCUCUGCCCUUGAGCGUGUGAAGGCCGGAUUGAGGAGCAGCCUCUCCCCGCGGAACAGAGCCCAGCAGCGGCGCAGGAUGAUCCGUAUUGCUGCUUUAAAUGACACUACAGUGGUGGAAGACCACGAGGAAUCCUUCAAGAGCCACAAAACUCAAACAAAAGAGGCUCAGGAAGCUGAAGCAUUUUCUCUGUAUCACAAAGCAUUAGAUCUCCAGAAACAUGAUCGCUAUGAAGAAUCUUCAAAGGCUUACCAUGAACUCUUGAAUACGCAGCUGUUGAAAGAGGCUGUUCUGUCUGGUGAUGAGAAUGAAGGCUUAAAGCACCCUGGAUUGAUGCUGAAGUAUUCUACAUAUAAAAACUUGGCCAGUUUAGCAUCCCAGAAAGAUGACCCAAGUACAGCUAUGGAAUUUUACCUGGAGGCUGUAAUGUUGGACUCUACAGAUGUGAACCUCUGGUACAAAAUAGGAAGAGUGGCACUGAGGCUGAUUCGAGUGCCACUGGCCCGCCAUGCCUUUGAAGAAGGACUCAAGUGUAAUGUCGAUCACUGGCCAUGUCUGGACAAUCUCAUCACCGUGCUGUACACGCUUAGUGAUUACACCAAUUGUCUUUAUUAUAUUUGCAAAGCUUUGGAGAAGGACUGUCGGUACAGCAAGGGUUUAGUUUUAAAAGAGAAAAUCUUUGAAGAACAGCCUUGUUUGAGAAAGGAUUCCUUCCGUAUGUUCUUGAAAUGCGACAUGUCCAUUCACGCAUUGGAUGUGGAUCCAGCAGAGGCUAAAGCUGUUAUUGAGGAAGCUCUGGAGCUCCGUAGGAAGAGACAGGCAUUAGCAAUACAAGAAGAGGAACCAGAUCUUCAACUGACACAACCAAUAUCUCACUUUACGUGGAGAUGCCUGGGUGAGAGUUUAUUAGCUACGUACAUGCACUUGACGUCUUCUGAGCCGCCUCACCCCAGCCUUGGUAGGAUGAUAGAUCUUUGCAUGUACAGAGAUCCUUCCCAACAUCUCUUGACAUCACCAACAGGCACUCCUGUGAGCGUCAUCCAGCCCAAUCCCACUACUUCAAAUCCUGCACCAGUAGUGACAGCGCCAACAAUGCCAGCACCAGCUGUGGUUACGCCAGCAGCUCCAACUCCUGUUCCAAGUGUGGCAGAAAGUUUAGCAGUACAAGCAGAAGCUUCAAUCAUGGACAAGGCUAAGAAAGGUUCCAAGAGGAAGCGGAUAGCUGAUGAUGCAGGAGAGCCAGCGAAGCGACGCUCGGCUCGAGUGAGAAACACCAAAUGCAAGAAAGAAGAGAAGAUUGACUUUCAGGAACUGUUGAUCAAAUUCCUGCCCUCGAGGCUGAAAAGGGCAGAUCUGGAGGAUGAAGAUGAUGCUUUUGGCACCUUUGAAGUUCAGACAGAACUGAAAAAGGAAAGUCAGCAACUAAUGGGCCCUUAUCGAAUGCAGUUUGAUCCUUCAUCGUUCAUGGAAUUAGAAAAACAAGAUGUUCACAAGUUUUUGCUGAACAAUCUGAAGAAUGGUGGUAUAUUAGAUUUGAUGCUGAAAUAUUUAAAGGCACUUGGUCAGAAGUUCUUGGCAAAAUGGCCAACUGGGCUGGCAGAGGUAGUCCUCUCGGUCUACAACAGCUGGAGAAAGCACUGCAGUAGCCUACCUAAUCCUAUCCUGAGAGAGUGCAGCAACCAGCAUAUCAAGGACAUGAUGGUGAUGUGCUUGGUAUGUAUGGAACUACAGCUUGAUCAAUGGCUCCUGACAAAGUCUAGAAGUACCACAGUUUCCCCUCGGAAAUGUACUUCCAGCAACACGGCCGCGCAGUUGGGGCCUGAUUUUCCAGGAAGCCAUUACUUGGGAGAUCUGAUUCAACUGGCCUUCACUUCCUCACAGAGGGAUCUGUUCGAGAAUGACUGGCUUGUGUUUGUGGUUCAAGUAUAUUGGUUGAAAGCCAGAUUCAUGGCAUUGCAGGGGGAUAUGGAGCAAGCUCUGGAGAGCUAUGAUAUCUGCACUAGUUUGUUUUGCAGUUCAUUAGGAAUUAAGUUGGGAAGCAGAAAUAGUGAUGGUUUUACUAUCAGACUGCCAAAUCUACACGUGGAUUCUGCCAUAUCAUUGGAGGAGAUUGAUAAAAAGCUCAAAUCACUGGAGAGGUGCCAAUCUCUUGAGGAGGUUCAACGUCUGUAUGAAAUGGGUGAAUAUGACCAAGUUGUGAAGCUAUUGCGACCCACGUUGACCCUUGGUGCGAUUGGCAGAACAAAGCCUCUGGAAUUUGUUGCAUCCAUCCCUGAAAGACCUGCUCAGCUGCUCCUGUUGCAGGACUCCCUGCUAAAGCAAAAAGAUUACAGGCAGUGCUUGGAGUGUUCUGAAGUUGCGCUAAAUGAAGCCAUCCAACAGAUGAACAAUGUAUCGUCCUCAUCCUCGAAGGAAGAGUGGGUUUCAACAGUGACUCAACUGUUGACAGGGAUUGAUUAUUCCUUAUCAGCGGAUAACAGUAUCCUGGAGGAGCAGUCUGUGAACCCUUGUUUUGUCCGAUUUGCCAACAAUCUCAUCCAGAUCAUUGACUGCAGCAUGGGGAUAUCUGAAGAUUCCAAAGAGCCGGCUGUGUCAUCCGUGCUUCCGUGGAUCACCUUGUACAGAAUCAUAAAACAUGAGGAGGAAGAGUUUGACACUCUUCGCCGCCAGCAUUGUAAAAGUGAAGAUUCAGAUUCCGAAACUCCAAUGUUGCCUUCCUCUCUGAUGUUGCUGAACACAGCACAUGAGUACCUGGGACGGAGAUCCUGGUGCUGUAAUUCUGAUGGAGCAUUGCUGAAGUUCUAUGUUCGAGUUCUUCAGAAGGAGCUGUCUGCUUCAAGACCUGAAGAUGCCCACCCCUUUAAAGAGGAGCUGGAGACUGCCCUCGAGCAGUGCUUUUACUGUCUAUAUGCCUAUCCUAGUAAGAAGAGUAAAGCCAGAUAUCUGGAGGAACACUCUGCUCAGCAGGUGGAACUGGGUUGGAAUGAUGCAGAGUUCAUGUUUGACUACUUCAAGCCCAAGAAUUACCCAGAAUUCGAUAGUUACAAGACCAGCACUGUGUCUGCAGAUCUGGCAAACCUUUUGAAGAAGAUUGCUGCGAUAGAUCGAGAUGAGGAUAAUCUGCCUCUCUCAAUAGAGAGUGUAACAGCCUAUAUAGAAGGCUCUGUUGACACGGUGCCAGCACUCCCUGAAGGAGCAGAUUCUGGGUUUCCUCUUGUUAAUGAAUUGUAUUACCUCCUGGCUGACUAUCAUUUCAAGAACAAAGAACAGGCUAAAGCUAUAAAAUUCUAUAUGCAUGACAUCUGUGUCUGUCCAGCCAGGUUUGACUCGUGGGCAGGUAUGGCUCUGGCCCGAGCCAGUCGUAUCCAGGACAAAUUGAAUUCAAAUGAAUUGAAGAGUGAUGGGCCUAUUUGGAAGCACUCAGUUGCUGUUCUGAAUUGUUUCAAGCGGGCACUGGAGAUAGACAGUUCCAAUCUCUCACUUUGGAUUGAAUAUGGCUCCAUGUCCUAUGCACUGCACUCGUUUGCCUCCCGCCAGCUAAAACAGUGGAAAAUGGAGUUGCCAUCAGAGGUCGUACAGCAGAUGGAAGAGCGAAGGGACAGCAUGCUUGAGACAGCCAAGCAGUGUUUUCUAUCAGCGACACAUUGUGAAGGAGAUGGUGAUGAGGAAGAAUGGCUCAUUCACUACAUGUUGGGCAAAAUAGCAGAAAAGCAGAAACAGCCACCGAAGGACUACUUGGAACAUUACAAGCAGGCAGCACAUAAUCUACAUGAGGAUGCAGCGCAUUACCCACGGAAGAUCCAUUACCACAAUCCACCAGAUUUGGCUAUGGAGGCUCUAGAGGUCUACUUCAGACUUCAUGCCUCGAUUCUCAAACUGCUGGAGAAGGAUGAAGUGACUGUGGACUGUGAGAUGCUCUUCAGCUACAUAAAGGAGGCAGCUCAGGGGCCUUUUGCCAGAGGUGAAGAGAAGAGUACCUUUAAAGUCACUGAGAAGGAGAAAUCCUGUACAAAUGAUGACGAUUCUCAUUCUUCUGUUGGAACCGUGCAAGGUCAAGGAAAUCUUCCCUCAGGUCCAGGUCUGACAUCCCCACCUUACACAGCCACUCCGAUUGACCACGAUUACGUCAAACGUAAAAUUCCCCGUCAGCAGGCUUCAAUUGAUGAGAGAAGUCAAGACAGUGUGAUUUUGGUACUCUCUGAUUCUAACUCAACACAGGACAUCUUCACCGAUGCAGCCAGCUCUCAGGACAGCAGCAGGAAGAUUCACUCUGGGAAAGGCAGCCCCUCGUCUUCCUCAACCGUGGAGGCAACUGUGUUGUCCACAGAGAGCCGUGGAAAACUGGAAGAAGAGGACUUAGUGGCUCGAGUUUCUUCUAAGGAUUGUAAAGGAGGCAGUGUAGAAAUCACUGAAGCCAUAGAUGCUUUGACUUUGAGAUUGGCAGAGCGCACAGCUCACAGGGUGCCCAUGGAGGCAGCUGUGCUGUCCAGGGAGAAUUAUAGGAAGUUGGAGGAAGAGGACUCAGUGGGACGUAUUUGCACUGAGCUCUGUAGAGGAGGCAGUGUGGAGAUCACUGAAGGAAUAGAUGCUUUGGCUUUGAGAUUGGCAGAACAAGCAGGAGCAAAAUUGCACACAGAUACGCAGUGUCAAACUAGCACCAUUACUGCUAUUAAUGUCACUCCCACCAGGGCCACCUCCUCAUCUCUGUGUGACUCAAAAAAGAAAGCAACUGAUCCAUCAGGAGACACGAAAGACACAUACAGAUUGGAGGAUCUCCCUCAGAGCCUGCCAGGAGAUGAGAGGGAGCAGCGUCGAGUCCUAACUGAACAGUGUAUUAGAGCCCUGCAUCUGUGUCUCAGUCGAUUCCCUCAGCACUAUAAGAGUCUCUACAGAUUGGCUUAUCUGUACAUAUAUAGUAAAACGCACAAGAACCUGAACUGGGCUCGCGAUGUAUUGGUAGGCAUCAGCAUCCCAUGGCAACAGUUGAAGCAUAUGCCAGCACAAGGGCUCUUCUACGAGAGGAACAAAACAAAUUUUUUUAAUGGAAUCUGGCGUAUUCCUGUGGAUGAAAUUGACCGCCCUGGCAGCUUUGCCUCACAUAUGAACCGUUCGAUUGUUAUCUUACUUGACGUUCUAUCACAGCUGAAGGACCAUAAUACACUGCUGAGAGUAUCUUCCAUGCUUCAAAGGACACCUGACCAGGGAAAGAAGUAUUUGCGUGAUGUGGAUCGUCAAGUGCUUGCCAAGCGGGCGUUAAUUUUCACAGUAAAAGUGCUUGAGGACAACUUGAAGGAAUUAUCUGGGAUUUCUGAAGACCAGAUUCCAAAAUCUUCAGGUUCUCCAAUGGGGGAGAUGACAACAGAUGUUUCAAACAAACCCACUGCUGAGGAGCACAAGGGUGUUGUAGCCAAGAAGCUCACCAACUCUGAUGGGCCUUCAAGAAAUACAGAAAAUGGGGUGAAGGAUAUUCCAAGAGGCCAGUCCCCACAGGCUAUGAACAUGGAGCAAGGGGACAAAAAUAAUGCAGCAUUGUGUGACAUUAGCAAAGUAUGCAUUGGCAUAGAGGAACCAAUGGAACUUGAUGGCUCCGUUGAACAGGGAAAAUUGGAUUUUUCAUUCAAACCUCCCAGUGGUUUGGAAGCAGAACACAACAAAAUUGUUGGCGCUAUUGAAGGGAAGAGUCCUGAAUGCAAACCUGCUGAACUGUCUUUGGAAGAGUUGAGCAUCAGCUCAAAGCAGCAGGGAUCAACAGGAACGUCACAUGUCAUGGCCAGUCAAGUGGUCAGAAAAACAGGCAGGAAGAGAAAACUGAUAGAUGACACAGAAUCUGGGAAAACACUGCUGUUAGAUGCAUACAGGGUCUGGCAGCAAGGUCAAAAGGUUAUGACUGUUGAUCUUGGAAAGAUUGAAAAAAUCAUGUCGGAGACCUACAUGCUAAUUAAACAGGUUGAUGAAGAUGUAGCUUUGGAGCAAGCCAUGAAAUUCUGCCAGCUGCAAAUGGCCACAUCAACGCAGAAGCAGUCGGGAGAGACACCAACCACACCAAAAUACUCCAAGGACUGUAAGGAAAGCUUCUUCCCUUCUACACCAAGCACAGUCACCACAACUGCUCUAACUUCGACUACGCUCAGUACAGUGGUGACUGAAAACCCCAGGCCAAGUGACUCGCAGUCUAAAACCAGGUUAAGCCACACUGCCCAGGAGGACCUGCGAGGUGCUGAGGUUACGCCAAUGUUGACACCAAGAGACUUAGAACCCCAAACUGCUGGUCCAACUGAGACACUGUCCAGCCUGUCAUAUCUCACUCAAGAUGAUGAUUCAGAGGAGCCUCUAGAAGGACUGAGCUAUCAGCACCAGGAGACUCAUUUGUGCCACCAGAUGAAAAUGGCAACCGUUGCUUCAUCCCAUGAUUCCGCUCAUUGGCAAGAAGAGGGCACUUACACUCAACAAGAUGAAAGCUCCCAUCCUGCACACUGCUCCACUCACACUUCCAGUUCCAUUAAUGAACCCUCUACCACCUCAACGUCCCAGUCCUGCAAGGGGGACAGCAGUCGAAUAAAGUCACGUGUCCCUCCAAACAUGCCAAAGCUUUUCAUUCCAUCGUCUGUGGCAAAGUUUCCACCAGAGAUAACAGUUACACCACCGACCCCAACCCUAUUGUCACCAAAAGGUAGUGUGUCCGAGGAAACCAAGCAAAAAUUGAAGACGGCCAUCCUGUCUGCACAGUCCGCUGCCAAUGUGAAGAAAGAGACACUCUGUCAGCCAGCACUGGAAAUCCUGGAGACGUCAAGUCAGGAGUCAUCACUGGAGAGUGACACCGAUGAUGAGGAAGAUGAUUACAUGGACAUAUGACACAGUGUGGAUUUCCCAAGCUGCAGCAGUAGGCAGCCAACUACUGAGGACCUGCAAAUACCAUUGUAAAGACAAAUUGGGAAUACAGUUUUCUGAGGCGAUGGAAGUGCACAGUACUUUAUAUGGAGCACAUUGGAACAGGGUGCAGCAUUCUCUUACCAGCAUUGGCCUUUGUAACUAUUAGACACAUCGUGGCAGCAAAAGCAGAGAAGUCCAGCUUCGUUACUGGGCUCUUUGCUUGGUUCUCUUCUGACUUUGAGAAAUUAUUCUGACCUUGUUAGAACACAAAAGUUAUUGAUUUAUUUUUCAGGAUCAGGUUUCAUUAAGAACACGUUCCUCACUGAUUUUCCAGCUUUCUCAUUGUUCAAUUUUUAGGUGGGAAAAGCUGGGCAAAACAGGUCCAUCACAGUCACAAUGGAGAUAGCAAGCAAAAGACAUGUUUUAGAGAAGGUUAAAGGACAGAGAUUGGAAAUGCUGGAAACAUGGACUUGGAACUGCAAUGCAGGAAAUGAAGAGAAGAUCAGUCAGCUUUUGAAAAGACCUAUUGGGGAGAGAAUGUCUUCGUUUGAGCACCAGGCAUACUGAGACCCCUACUGGCUAUUGCCAACUUUUCCUGGUUAAUUCCCUCUUAGAUUCUGUUUAUAUUUUUCCUAAUUUAUGUUAAGCCCUCCUCCAAUGGAGCCCUGAGUUGUGAUGGUGUGAGCAGUACAGAAUGGAUUGGAAUUCACUUACUUUCACUGUAGGUUAAUGGGUUCUGCUAACUUUCAGUCUCUGUGCAGCCAAGAUGACUUGUGUUAACAAAAGUGCCCAUUUAUCCUCCUUCCAUGCAGAGUGGCUGAAGUCAAGCAUCACAUGAAUCUAAUUGGGAUGAAACAGUUCCCAUCUUUUCAUACUGAAUCUACACACUUUAUUUUUCAGUCAUUAAUUUCAGUGAUAAAUGCUAGUUUUUGUUGUUUGAAGCUAGCUGUGAAGAUUUAGUUGCCAAGAAGUGCACACUGUACAGCCUGGAGUUCAGUAAGCCAAUUCUGCUGCCAAUUCCAGGUGACACUGGCUCCCAGCAGUAAAAUAACUAGAGCAGGAAACUGGAAUGUGUUCAAGAGGGAGAAGGUUGAGAUUUUUGGGGGUAAUUGUCCGACUCCACACUAAGUGUAGAAACCUCGUCACCGUUUAUUGAACAUCAAAUCACACACAGCACACACCCAGGACUUUGAUAAACUCUUCUGUUGGGGUUGCUCCUCACCUGAAGAGCAAAGUUUAAACAUUAACCUUAUGCUUUGGUGAUUUUCUAAAACCAGUAUUGUGAACUUAUGCUCAGCCCACACUCCAGGGCAAGCCCUGGCAGGUAGGUAAACAGUCUCAAAAUUAUGCUACCUAUAACUAAUCACUAACAUGUAAUCUUGAAAUCCUAGACUGGUAACAUUCUCUCUCGUGUCAAACAGGGAAGUGUUACUUGCUAAAGAUUGGUGCGUGUGGGAAUGACAUUGAUGAUGUCCAUUAAUGGAGAGCUGCCCAACUUCAUUUCAGUUUAACGUCUAACACAUACAGCCAAAUCUUACUUGAGCUGGGACUGUUAAUUUUACUUCUUCCUGAACUCUUCAAUUGGCAUAUAAUUUGUAGAGUAACUUACUGGAGUGUGAGCUGAAUGCGAGUUGGCACAGGACAUCUGGGGCCAACAAUUUACCUCAUCAACCGUAUGAGAUUUGAUGAUUGAGGAAGAAACAUGAAUUAUUGAGAAUGGAGCUGAGUUAAAGCCAAAUUAUAUACAGAAAGAGAAAUAGAGAAAGAAAGAUUGGAUUAGGAGAGAAAAAAAGACUAAAAGGAUAAUUCAAAAAAUUGUAACAUUUGAUUUUUUUUUUAAAAAACUGUUUAAAAUUUUCUAUCUUCAAACAGUUUAAAUUGUUCCCUUUCUGGGCCAGACAGGUGGCACUGAAUUAACAAUUAUCAUAUUGUUUAAAGGGUACUUACACUAUUAAUUAUGAGCCUUAACUUUUUAUGGUGAGUUUAAUGGACAAAUAACAUGCAAAUCCAGCAAGUGCUUAAAAAUAACAUGGAGGCUAAUGGCGAGAUAUUGUUUGUGCAAAGCCAAACAGUUGAGCAGCAUCACUCAAACAGCAAUUUCUGGAGAUUCACAACUUGUGCCAUAUCUCUUCAGCUCCUAAGCAUACCGACGGAUUUAAUGACAGUGCAUGUAUUAACAUGCUAUUACCUUUCCAGAGAAAAAUUGGCCCAUAGUCUAUAGCUUUAUUUCCAAAACCGAUGAGGCUGGAGCUGGUUUCUGUCCCAUGGAUGAAAUUAUUUUGUAUAUGGCCCUGGAUCUGUUUAAAUUGUUUUCGAGAUUAUUGUAAGAGUAUAAGAGCACAGCACUGAGUAUGUUUUCCCUGAAGUGCUAGAGUUGAGAAGGAUGGCAACGGUGUUUGGCCCCACCACAGAUUUACAAUUUCGGACAAUGGACGACAUCCCAUUAAACGUAAAGCAACGAGAGCUUGAACUGAAGUUGUUUAUUAUUUAUUAUUCACCAGGAUCCGAGUUUCCUGUAAAGCCUCAGAAGUAAUUCUGACAAACAUGCCAUUCCAUUAUUGAUCGUUUCAGUCUAUAAUAAUUAAACCACCGUUUCAUUUUCAAGCCCUCUAUAUUUUAAAGCAUUUGCAGCAUGUACAGCAUUAAUGUCUUACUCAAAUACUGUUCUAUGUCCAUGGCUGCCAUCCUCCCCCCACCCAGCGACCGCUUGUUCUUAAAAGGGUGGGAUGGCAGAGCUGAUAGACUGAAUUCAGGCACUUUGUCAGUGCAAUGAGGCAGUCACAUUGGGCCUCUCUCUUUCUCAUGGACAGUUACAGAGCAUCUUUGGUUGGGAUUGGGGCAGUCCAUGGCAUUGCAAGAAUUUGCAUUAUGUAGCACCUUUUAAUGCAGUAUAAGUGCUUCACAGGAGCAAUUAUCAAAUAAAGUUUAACACUGAACCGUAUAAGAAGAAAUAUUGGUGAACACAGAGAUUUUAAAGAGCUCCUUAAAGAAGGAGAGAGAGAGAGAGAUGUGAAGUUUAAAGAGGGAUUUCCAGAGCUUAGGGCCUAGACAACUGAAGGCAUGUCUGCCAGUGUUGGAAUGAUUAAAAUCAGGAAUGUUUAAAGGCCAUGAUUGUAGGAGCACAGAAAUCUCAGCAGUGAUAGAAUAGAAACAUGUAAAAAGACUUGAAAUAAUUGGUACUUCAGAUAUCGAAGAUGAAAAGCACAGUGCUAGAGCAAUAGGGUGCUGUUUAAGAAGGUAAUUGCUUGAGAUAAAGGAUCUUGUGACUAACAAUUGCAGCACGCUGGAGAAUCCAUUCCAAAUAACUGAAGAAAACAUCUUCCUAUAAAGUGCUGUUGAAAUGUCAUUGACUUUACCAGCAAGUCAAACCCUUGGUGAACAUACUUCACCAGUUUACAGCUUCGUUUACACAGGCCAUGUCCUGUAAGCUCAGCCAUGCUCACACUGAGGUAUUGCUUGGUAUUUCGUGCGUUAUUCAGUACAGAAAAUCAGUAGUGGGUGUUCAGGUGUAGCAGCUUGUGUAGAAAGAAGGUUCAGACCAGACCUACCAGCAGCUGAGCAGGAAACCCAUUUCUGCUGUCUGCCCUGACCCUGUGUCAGCAGGCACGGGCAGGAUUAGAUUUGUGUUGGGUGGAGCUGGAUCUCAGCUUGAGUUGUGAGCAGCUUUACCUCUACAGGACCACUCCUCCCUGUUUAUAUCCAGUUUCUCUUGUAACUCCACUUCAUACUGCAAGGGGAGUGGUGAAAACGUGAACCUCCCAUCCUAGCAUCCAUUCCAUGUCAGUGGGACCUGCCUUGCCUAUUAAAUCCAUGUGGUUUACACAGGGCUAACGACCCGUACUCAUCCACACUAACCUAUCACAAGGCUUCUCCUCACUUCUCUGAAUAAUGCUGGUGGCAGUCACAAACCUACCCUCACUGCUCAUUCCAAGUGUGCUGGAUUCUUUGUUGGGUUCAUUAGAUGGCUUCCUAUGAGAAGAGCUUGAGAGAAUGAACAUAUGUUCUCUGAGGUUUUAAGGUGAAAAGUUGAAACAUUUAAUAUUCUUGGAGGACUUUACAGGUUAGAUACUGAGAGGUUUUCCCUUGGCUGGAAAGUUGAAAAUUUAGGAGUCACAGUCUCAGAAUAAGGGGUCAGCUAUUUUAGGACUGAGGUGAGGAGAAACUGUCUCACUUAGAGGGUUGCAAAUCUGGAUGGGAUAAUGGAUUUGAUUGUAUAAGGUCAGUCAUGAUCUUGUUAAACGGCGGAACAGAUGAGAUGAACCAAAUGUCCUGCCCCUAUUUCGUAUGUUCUUAUUACCAUAAAAUGGCAUCAACUCACCCACAAUCAGCUGCUACGUUGGUCAUAUGUUCCUGUCAGACUAGAGAUGACCACAUCCCCUUUUAAGGAGGUGUUUGAAACCUCCUAUUGUGACAGAUGGGCUGCUCACAGGAACGAGCUACAUCAUCUGUAUUUUCUUGUUCAGUUGGUGUUAUUUAUGGCCUGGCCUGAGUGGAAUUUCUUUCUCUCCCUUGCUUAGGUUUCCUGUGCUGUGAAUUUGGGCGCAAUGGAGAUUCACGUUCAGGGACAGGAGAUUAUGGGUAUAAGUGGCAGGGCUGCCAGCUCUCUCCUUUCUCAAUCUGAGCCAUGACUUUUGCAGGUUCUCUCCAAAUAAGAAUAAGAACUGAAUGGGCAGAGAUUCCAUCAGGGAAUGAAGAGAGUGUUUUGACUCAUGGGAGAUCCCGCCACACUGGGAGGCAGUGGCUUGGUGGUAUUGUCGCUGGACUAGUGAUUCAGAAAUCCAGGGUAAUGCUCUGGGGACCUGGGUUUGAAUCCCACUAUGACAGAUGGUGAAAUUUGAAUUCAAUAAAAAUCUACAAUUAAAGUCUAAUGAUGACAACGAAACCAUUGUCAAUUGUUGUAAAAACCCAUCUGGUUCUCUAAUGUCCUUCAGGGAAUUGAAUCUGCUGCCUUUACCUGGCCUGGCCAAUUAGCGAUAGGCAACAAAUGCCGGCCUCGAACAAUGGCACACACAUCCCAUGAAAGAAUGAAAACUAUUCAAAGAAGAUCAGGAAGGGUUUUUUUAUUCUAAUUACUAUUUCAGAGGGCAAGUCAACCACUUUACUGUGGGUCUGGAGCCACAUGUAGGCCAGAUCAGGUAAGGAUGGUAGAUUGCCUUCCCUAAAGGACAUUAAUGAACCAGAUUUUUUUAAUGACAAUUGAUGGCAGUUUCAUGGUCACCAUUACUCAGACUAGAUUUAAAUUACAGAUGUAUAAAUUGAACUUAAAUUUUAUCAGCUGCUAUGGUGGGGUUUGAACCUGUGUUCCCAGGGAGCUAACCUACUAAUCUCGUGACAUUGCCGCCACACCACUGUCUUACCCCACAGUCCUGGUUCUUUCAAUGUCCUGGCUAAGAUUGGUCCUUCAACCAACAGAUUAUCUAUUCACGUUCUCAUUGUCGUUCAUGGGAGCUUGUUUUGUACAAGUUGGCUGCUGCAGUUUUCUACAUUGCAACAGUGACUACACUUCAGAAAUAUUUCAUGGAUUGAAGUGCUUUGGGACUUCAAGGUCAUGAAAGAUGCUAUAUAAAUGCAAGUUUGUUCUUUCCUUAGUGGCACUUGAGUUGGCGUGUAAGCAUGUGAUUAGUAUGCACGAGGAGAGAAUUUACCUUUUUGAUAAAUUGUGAGGUAAUCUGAAUUUUGUUGAGACAUUUACUACAAGGCCCAGAGAAGUGUUUGUACUUAAAUCCUGGAAAAAUGUAAAAUAUGCGCUAGUGAUUCUAAGCUGCUGUUCCAAUUAGUAUGGAAUGUCUUUUUAUAUUGUAUUUUUUCUAAGGGCUUCUGCAUCCUGAGUGAUCACUUGUACAUUUUUACAAGAAGUGUUCUUAAACCAUGUUUCCGCUUAGCUGCAAAAAAAAACAAUUGAAGUGUUGGGUCUUUACUAUUGAAUGUUCUGUCACAGGAAUGAACUCUGCUUUUUUUAUAUGCAAUAUUUUAACCUUAAAACUACUCUGAUUCAACUCUUGUACAUAUAAAGAACAUUUUUUUUUUGGAAAAGCAGAAAAAUCUGUUACAGUGUUCGCAUGUGAAAUACUACCAGCUGACGGCAGCUACUAAUAAAACAGAAACCCUUCAGCCGCUGAAGGCAUAAGAUGA